AUCAUAUAACAUAUCGUUUGGGAGAUUCGCGUGUGGUGUAGCUCGAAAUGGAUCGUUCCCUGUUGCAAAUAGCUGCCUUUGUUUCCAGUAUUCAGUUGAAGAGUACUAGAUGCAGUAUUCAUAGCAAACGUUGGAGACCACAUAGUCUAUCUGUAUACACUCGUAAGUUGUAUGUUGGACGAUAUGUUCAACAAGGAGUGAGAAUUGUUGCCCAACAAACUAUGGGAGACUCUUCAAAGAGUAGUGCAACUCUUCCUGGAGACCAGAAGGAACCUAUUUUGGUCGAUUCUAAUAUUUUAGAAUUUUGUACAGUGGAUCCUAAUACCGGGGAGAAAAAGGAGAUGACUUUAGGUGAAAAGGAACUACUGUUUAUGGACGCCAUUUCUUCUUAUUAUCGAGGUGAACCUAUCUUGUCCAAUAAUGACUUUGACAUAUUACAAGAAGAACUUGCCUGGCAAGGUUCCAAGAUGGUUAUGUUAAGCAGGGAUGAGUUGCGUUUUCUUGAAGCAUAUCGAGCUUAUUCUAAUGGAACGCCUAUUAUGUCUGACCAGGAAUUCGAUGAGUUAAAGGCGAAACUAAGGAAAUCAGGAUCCUCUAUUGCACUCCAGAAGGGUCCAAGAUGCAGUAUAGUGACGGAAACCUGCUAUUGUAACUGCGUUCCGGAUAGAACAAGAAUGUUGUUCUUGUACUUCCCAGCUGCUGGGAUUGCCGCACUCAUAUACGCUACUGUGACUUUCGAGUUUACUCCAUUGCGACACAUUACUCCUGUAUUGAACCUGUUAAUUGGAACUCCAGUCAUAGCCGCAGCUGCCAAAAUUGCAACAGAGUUAUUCUUUCCAAGUCCCCUCAUUUUAGUUGGUGAAUGUCCUUCCUGUACUGCUCCCGUACGUGCCUAUUUUGGUGAUGCCUUUGGUAUAAAAGGAAAUAAGAGGGAGGCAUUCACGCAAUGUGAACGUUGUCGUGCCAACUUGAAAUUUUCUGAAGAAAAGUCCCAGGUUGAACUUGUGAAUGAUACCAAAAUGAAUGCUAAAGUAAAAGGAGCCAGUGAGAAAAAGGAAGAGAACACUACAACAGAUGUCAACGAAUAGUUGCAAGAAAUGAAGAAGCCAAUGAUUCUUCUAUUCUUGUUUCUGGAAUAAAGUUUCAAUCAUGUCUGAUGAUGUUUUUAUAAGCAAAAAUGUAAAAAGGAUAUAAGACGAACUUAUUUGUAUUUUC